UAAUGGCUGAGAGCUUGUAAUGACCUCGGUCAAAUUUUUUUAAAAGUAAGUGAACUACAUCACGUACGUAAUACGGAGGAUACCAUUGGUAAGUGAUUGAGAAUACGUCCUACUUACACACAGACACAAUUUUUAAUGAAGUUUGGAAGAGGAAUUGACUUGAAUACCAGUUUUACUCGUCGUUAUUGUUCGACAAGAUGCGAUUAACUACGGUGUUACUUGUUUCCAUCGUUCUUAUGGCGAUGGUAGAAUUAUCAGAAACAAGAGGACGUGGUGGUGGAGGCAGAUCAGGAGGCUCAAGAGGCUCCAGAUCCUCCAGAUCCAGUCGAUCGAGAUCUAGGUCAAGAGGGUCUAGCUCAAAACCUAAAAUCACCAAAUACACACCGAUCAAAGCCACCUCAGUUCGCUCCCCGGUGAUUGUCAAACAAACUAAACUGGGUUCGCGUUCAAGCACGUUCAAGAGAGCUGUCGCUGCCUAUUUGGUGACCCGCUACGCGUUCAGCAGCGCCCCAGUGUAUCGGCAGGGAUAUCCAAUGUAUAGGAGUUAUGUCUCCAUCCCGAAAAAAAGAGCUGUGAGAGUAACACUUGAGAAAGAAAGACUGCUGGAUGACUCAGGAAAUUUGUGUUUGAAUGAACUUGCCGGGAGUCAAACUACGAAGGAAGGAAUCGAUGACAAUUUGGUCGACUUGAAAACUACAGUGAAGUACAAAAAUGGAGAAACGAAAACACUACACGGAGUCGACAAGACACUAUCGCUGGAAGACAUCAAGGAUCAAGACUUCGAAGUUGUAACCCUCGCCAGUUACAACAUCACGAUUGUGACGGCAACAACUUGUACACAGGUUGAGAAGACCGUGGAAGGUACGAUGGUUACGUUGUACGAAACAAACCCGAACGGCUCGAGUCGACUGAACAUUGACAACAACCUACUGUCAGUUGUUAUUACGUUGUUUAUGUCUAUGAAUUUACAUGUACUUUGUCACUGAAACAAGAGAACUUAUGUUUCGCGGGCAUGAAUAUAUUUAAGGCCCGACUCUGAGUCGUUUUAGCCCGAAAAUGUGAUAAUGAUAAUGGUAGUUAUUGUCGAAAAAACAAUUUAUUUGGUUUUUAGACUGCUGAAAUAUUGAGCACAGGUUGGAUCACGCAACAAACACAUUGAUUCUUAACGACCCUCCAACUGAGCACGUUGUGGGGUAUUAUUAUGAUGAUUUACAUUCGGCAUUUACCUUGUUUUUGCUUCGAUUCGAAUGAUCACAUCAAAUUUGUUUCAUUUGAAAAACCUUUUCAUUUCGUAAUUGAAGUUCAUACGGACUCUCCUUUUUCCGCGGACGACUGACUUGAAAUACUAUCUUCCCUCGGGAGAUAGACUACGUGCGAUUGAUUACAACUUCGAGAAGGUUGAUCUAUGUUUCAACAAAGCUUGAGUCGUGGUUAGUUUAAGCCUCAAACCGCCACCUUUCAUGAAUUUCUUAUAUUGUGAUUAUAAUUUUUUAUAAUUUAUUUUUCAAAAAGCGAUGCGGUCGAAUUAAAAAGCAAAUGUUAAUAGGCAACAUGAAAACAGCACGCGAACAGGAGUGAAAAAAAAAAAAAA